CUAUAUUAUAUCUUAUCUAUGGUAAAUCUAAGAACAUAAAUAAGAUAUGUAUCUAGUCUGCAUACAUAGUUAUACUUUUGAUUUCUUGUAUAGAUAAUUCAGUAUAAAAACAGCAUAAAAUCUUAUAAAAUAAUAAUCUAUUCUGAGCUUUGUCUAUGGUAAUAUUUUGAAUAAUUAGUAUAGUAUUUUUCAUGUUUUUGUCAUAUCACGAAUCACAAAUUGUUUGAAAUACUUAAUGGCUGCCAACUCAUCAAUAUAUUGAUGGUUUAUCAUUUAUAUUAAGUAUUGCUACAAAUUUUUAUUAAAGUUAAUUAAUAUAGUUUUAUGAAAAAUGCGAAUUAUAAUAUUCAUUUUCGUAAUGUUGCUCGCGUAUGUACAUAGUAUACGAUUUUACCUUGAACCGAAUUCAAUGAAAUGUUUAAAAGAAGAAGUUCAAGCAAAUGUUUUACUUGCUGGAGAAUAUGAAGUCUCUUUAGCAUCAGCCGUUAAAACUGAAUAUGUUGUAAAAGAUUCAAAAGGAGAUAUUCUUUCAAAAAAGGAUGAUAUUCCCCAUGGAAAGAUAUUGAAAUUUUCAUUUGUCACAGAAACUUAUGAUACAUUUGAGAUUUGUUUUAUGGCACAUGCCAUACAACCGUCUUUUUCAGGCAAUAUUAAACAGAUUAAACAAGAAAUUUAUUUAAUUACAAAACGUGGAAUCGAAGCAAAGAAUUAUGAAGGAAUUGGUGAAGCAGCAAAACUUAAACCUUCUGAAGUUGAAUUGAAACGUCUUGAAGACUUAUCUGAAGCUAUUGUCCAAGAUUUUGCUCGAAUGCGAAAGAACGAAGAAGAAAUGAGAGAUACAAAUGAAGCAACAAAUACUCGAGUAUUGUAUUUUAGUAUAUUCUCCAUGUGUUGGCUUCUAGGACUCUCAAUUUGGCAAGUUCUUUACUUAAGGCGCUUUUUCAAAGCAAAAAAACUUAUUGAAUAAUUAGAAAAAGAAAAUAAUGAAAAUUGUCAAAAUUCUUACAAUUUUUACAAUAAACCAGAUUUUAUUUAUUCUUUUUUUUUUCUCUUUCAUAAAUAUAAUAAAAAAUUCAAUAUCAUUAAAAUUGUAGGAAAAUUGACUGAUUUAAAUUUUGUAUACUCAAAUUUGAUUAAAAAAUAAAUAAGAUUAUACUUAAAUAA